AUGGAAGAGCUGUCUGUGGCUGCAUCACUCUUUAUGUUGGCUGAGAUGGAUGCGAAUGUGGCAGAGAUCUCAGGCACACGCCUCUGGACAGGCUCAUAUUUUCUCUCACGGCAUCUAUGGCGUCAUCCAGAGCUCGUUCAAGGCAAACGCGUACUGGAACUUGGAGCUGGCACUGGUAUCUGCAGCAUUGUGUCGUCUAAGCUUGGUGCAGUAAAGUGUCUGGCUACGGAUGGUGACGAAGCAGUGGUGGAGCUACUGACGAAAAACGUGCAAGUCAACAUGGUAGAAGACGUUGUGACGACUCGCUCGCUGUUUUGGGGCGAUGAGCCAUCGGCACAGACAUUGUUGGACGAAUUUCCUGGUGCUUUUACGGAUAUCGAUAUUGUGCUGGCUGGUGACGUGCUUUACAAAAGAGAACUGCUGCCGCUGCUUUUUGCUACUGUCACGAAAGUGUUGACGUUAGGCGAUAAUAAACGAGUGUUCGUCUUGUGCCAUAUCCCUCGAGCUGAUGUGACGCACGACCUCGUGCAGAGACAAAUUCUCGACUCAGGGCUCAAGUUUGAAGAGGCCAAAGUGCCCGUGAAAAGCUUAGUUGAUGCCGCGAAUGAAGUAAAGGAGUGUCCUGUGGAGGAUGUCGAACGGGCGAAGCUGUAUUAUAUCACAAAAUAA